UUUGUGUUCCCAAGAGUCAAAACAAACCCAACCGCCGCCACCAACCGCCACCACCUAUCUUACCUUCUCCGCGAACCAAAACCACUCCGUCACUCUCAACAAUUCAAUUAGGGUUCAGUUCCUUCAUCAAUGGAGCCCCUCCCUUCUCUCCCUCCCCCUCUAAACAACAACAACAUGGACGAUUCUUCUUCAAUUUGGGAUCUUACUUAUCUUCUCGAUUUCAACCUCGACGAUUUACCCCUUGACCCUCACCAACCAUCUCAACCGUUGGAUUUCGAUCCUCCAGCUCCUCCCGAUCCACACAAUAUUCCUCCUGCUUCUCCUCUUCCCGCCAACGACAAGGUUCGGAAACGCGACCCGAGGCUCACGUGCUCCAACUUUCUCGCGGGCCGGGUUCCAUGCGCGUGCCCCGAGAUCGAUGCUCAGCUCGAGAACGAGGGUCUCCCCGGCAAGAAGCGCGUGCGCACCGUUUCCGCCGCGCGUGGCUCACCCCCGACGGUUUGUUGCCAGGUUCCUGGCUGCGAGGUCGAUAUCACGGAGCUGAAGGGGUACCACCGGAGGCAUAGGGUUUGCCUACGCUGUGCUAAUGCUGCCACUGUUAUGCUCGACGGCGAGGCCAAGAGAUACUGUCAACAGUGUGGCAAGUUUCACGUGUUGUCAGAUUUUGAUGAAGGUAAACGUAGCUGUAGGAGAAAGUUAGAGCGCCAUAACAAUAGGAGGCGAAGAAAGCCAGCAGAUUCAAGAGCUGAAGCUGCUCAUGAACCUCUACCUGUUGCACAAAAUGAGGAUUCAACUAAUGACGGGGAAACAGGAAAAGGUUUAGAUUCUUCAAAUUUGAGUUGUGAAAUAAAUGAAAAAGAAGUGUCACUGGAUCUUGAAGAUGAACCAGUUGCCAAUCUGAACUCAGCUCCUGAUAUGCAGAAUAUUACAAAUGACAGUGUUAUGACUUUUCUUGCUUCUGGGGAAACACAAGUGAAUAGUGGAAAAGAUGUUUCCAACCUCUCUAACUCUCCUUCAUAUUGUGACAAUAAGAGUGCUUAUUCAUCUUUGUGCCAAACAGGUCGGAUUUCUUUCAAGCUUUAUGAUUGGAACCCUGCAGAAUUUCCUAGAAGGCUACGCCACCAAAUAUUCCAAUGGUUGGCGAGUAUGCCUGUUGAGCUUGAGGGAUAUAUCCGCCCAGGGUGUACCAUCCUGACAAUUUUUAUCGCCAUGCCAAAGAAUAUGUGGAUAAAUUUACUGGAAGACCCUAUGUACUAUGUGCGCGAUCUUGUUGCUCCUGGAAAGUUCCUAUCUGCAAGAGGCAAUGCACUAAUUUAUCUGAAUGAUAUGUUCUUCCGCAUUAUGAAAGAUGGAACUUCUGUGACAAAAGUCAAGGUAAAUAUGCAGGCACCAAGGCUUCACUAUGUUCAUCCCACGUACUUUGAGGCUGGGAAACCUCUGGAGUUUGUUGCUUGCGGAAGUAACUUGAUGCAGCCUAAGUUUCGGCUUCUUGUAUCUUUUUCUGGAAAGUAUCUGAAGUGUGAAUAUUGUGUUCCAUCUCCACAUAACUGGACUGGGAACAAUAUGUCAUGUGCUUUUGAGAAUCAGUUAUACAAGAUAUAUGUCCCUCAUACAGAGGAAACUCUCUUUGGGCCUGCAUUUAUUGAGGUGGAGAAUGAGUCUGGUUUAUCAAACUUCAUUCCUGUUCUCAUUGGGGACAAAGAAAUUUGCAGUGAGAUGAGGACAUUACAGCAAAGGUUAGAUGAGUCUCUUCAUUCUAAACAAUUCCAGUCUACAUCUGGUGGUUCUAUCUGCAGCUUGUGUGAAGAUUUUGCACAUAGGCACACAUCAUCAGACUUGCUUGUAGAUAUAGCAUGGUUGCUUAAGAACCCUACCUCAGAAAAUUUUGAGAGAAUGAUGACGGCUUCACAAAUUCAAAGAUACUGUUACCUGUUGGACUUUCUUAUAUGCCAUGAUUCAAUACUCAUUUUGGAAAAAAUAUUACCAAAGUUGGUGAUCUUUACAGAAGGCUUGAAAUCAAAUAUUGUGGUUAGUCAGACGAGUGAUGUUGAUGUGACACAACUACUGAAUUGCAUGCAUCUUGCUAGAGAUGUUAUUAAUCAGAAUCAUCAGAAAGGCAGAGGCAUAGUUGUGCAUUCUGAAACAGAAGGCUUUAGGAUUGAAAAAACCUGCACCCAAGACAGCUUGCCAUCAGUUUCGAGAAUAAAAAGUCAGGAUGUUCUAUCCAGAACGGAUUCAAAGUGUGGAAUAAUGAGAAGCCCAACAUCUAAUGACAAAAUUGAUAGGAUACCACUUUUGAAGAGGGAGAUUAUAAUGAAUAUGGAAGAGUUGCCUAAACGAUCCAGCCGGCGAUAUGUCGGUAGGGGAUUCUUGAGCUCUCGACCGGCAAUGUUUGUGAUUGUUUCGGUUGCUGUUUGUCUUGCAGUAUGUGUAGCCGUCUUUCACCGGGGGAGGGUUAGUGAGUUAGCUGUAUCCAUUAGAAGGUGCUUGUUUAACUCUUAGUAGAUGUUGACAAGUUUUGUACUUUCUCUUCUAUUUGGUACAUAUUGUUGUAACACUAAAUAACCAGGGUCCAGGGAUGUUGAUGUUAUUACUUACUAGUGAUGGAGUGGGUGGUUCAUUAAUGGAGGCAAGCUUAACUGGACCUGUUUCUGGUUUGUGCCA